AUGGCGCGAGCAGGAUUGUUAGGACUGGAAUUUUUUACACCUGAAAAUAAGAAAUGGAGACAGGAACUCUUUACCAAGCUCAAAGCUCCAGCAUUUGAAGUUCAAGUUGGCCUUCAUGAACUCUUAGGUCAUGGAAGCGGGAAACUCUUUGUUAAACGAAAUGACGGCAAGUUCAAUUUUGAUAUUGACGCAGUGAAGCACACAGAAACUGGAGAAAAAAUCUCUAGCUGGUACACAGACGGGGAGACCUGGUACACGCGGUUCGCUGAACUGAGUUCGUCGUAUGAGGAAUGCCGUGCAGAGUGUGUGGGAAUCUAUCUUUGCACCUCUAAAGAAGUGCUCAGAAUAUUUGGUCAUGAAGGCGCUGAUGCAGACAACAUAGUUUACAUCAACUGGCUCAACAUGGUGCGGGCAGGAUUGUUAGGACUGGAAUUUUUUACACCUGAAAAUAAGAAAUGGAGACAGGCUCACAUGCAGGCACGAUACGUCAUAUUGCGCGUGCUCCUCGAAGCCGGCGAAAAGCUGGUGCAGUUGACCAGUGUAACUGGGUCAGACGGUAAACCAGAUGUCUUGAUAUCACUGGACCGAACAAAGAUCGAGUCUGUCGGACGACCGGCCAUCGGAAACUUCCUCAGAAAACUGCAGGUGUACAAAUCAACGGCAGAUCACGAUUCCGGAAAGAUACUGUAUGAUCGCUAUUCAGCAGUCGACGAUGAAUUUUUAGCCCUCAGGAAAACAGUUCUUGCUCGAAAGACUCCAAGAAGAAUGUUUGUCCAAGCUCACACUAGUUUGACAGAAGACAACUGUGUUGCUCUGACAGAAUUUGAGGCAAGUCCGAGUGGAAUGAUCAAAUCCUUUACUACUCGCUUCCCUGGAAAUGAUAGUGUGUUGGAGGAUCUAUGGAGAGCAGAUAUGCCGUAUCACAAGUUAUGAUGGCUUUUUGCUGGAUCGUAACCUAGCUCGACUCGUCACACGCUUACAAAGUUCCUCACUCAGUCCUAAAUGUAUUUUCUGACAAUGAAUUAAAGAUUAAGAGUAUUUGAUACUCCCUUAUGAAACGUGAA